UUCCGAAUGUAGUAUCAUCCCGAAUAGUUUGUCCAAUCAGAUUUAAGCAUUCGAAAUGUGGAGCGAACUUUGAACACUGUCGGGUAGUGAAAGAAAAUAUUAACUGAAAAUUACUGCUGUUAACUUGAUUCUACGUUAUAACUCGGCCCAACGAAGUGGUGAAAUCAUGGAAGGUGGAAAGGGAAGGGGAAAUUAUGCUAGUGCCUAUAAAUUGUCUCGUUCAUCUACCAAUACCAAGACAAUCAGGCGUGAAAGACGAUCUAUAGAACAGAAAGAGCUUCGUCAAGAGGGGUUAAACAAACGAAGAAAUUUGUGUCACCUUUCUCCUUUACAAGAAGGUGACUUGACAAUCACACAGGACAAAAAUUACAAAGACAAAACUCCUCAGAAACCAAAAGUUGAUGAAAUGACUAGAAAGGGAUCUGAUCGCCUUGAGCAAUUAAAGAAGUGGAAACAGGAGCGUGAGAUGAAGCGCAAAUUAGAAGAAGCUGAGAACAGGAGAAAAAAUCCUGUCUUUCGUGUAAGCAAAGCUGUGGAUCAUGGAGAUAAGAUUUUGUUUAAAAAAUCAGGCACAAAGGUACACCCUGUGAAACCCAAACCUGCUCCAGUGAACACAAAACCAGUCAGUCAUGCAACAGUUGUAGCUCAUCCUAAACCAGCAACCCACGCAAAGCCAACUGGUCAAACUAAUGCCAAAAAGGUAGUCAAAGAGAAGAUAAGCAAGAAAGUGGAAAAAGUCCCAAUUUCAAAGCCAACAGCUUCAACAAGAACAUUACGCAGUGCCAGACAGCCUGUGGCAGCACCUGAGCCAGCAUCAAGAACCACAAGACAGUCGGUCAAAAAUAAAGUAACAGAGUCAAAGUUCAAGGCUUCUGCAGUGCCCAAGGGAGCCUUUGAUCAAUGUCCUGAUACAGUCGGUUCACCAGAAUUGAAUCUAGACAAAGUAACAAGGCGUGGUGACACCACAAUAUUGUCAGCUGAUUCGUUUGCACAAACAUCAGACUUUGGCUUCAAUGCCAGCUCAUUUGUUUUUAGACCACUGAGUCCAGCAAGUGCUGCAGGUUUUCUUUGCCAAACUCAAGAUAGUUCCUGUGUCUCAUUUCUGGAAACAAAUCCAAAAAGGAGCUCCACACCAAAGAAAAACAAGAAAAAAGAGCUGCCUGCUGAGGAAAGUAUCAAUACAACAGUACAGAACCAAAAAGAUAUGAACCUGACUCAAGAUGAAACUAAAAUAAAUACUACUGUGAUGGAACAAAGUGAAAAGAAAGAUAUUGAAUCACCAGUAGCAACAAAUAGAAGUGUUCGCCGUUCAAGGCGCUCUGUUGCAUUUGUUGACAUUGAGGAGAAAGAUAAAAUUGAGCCAUCUGAAAGUGUAGCAUGUGAAAAGCCAAGACGUUCCACUAGAAAUAGGUCAGCAGCAUCAUUGAAUCCAGAGUCUGAUGCAAAAGAAAUGACACCAAAGAGUGGAAGAAAAAGUCGUAGAUCUGUUGUUUCUCCAAAGAGAACAUCAUCUGAUAGUGGUAUAGAUCUAAAAAUACCAUCAAAAGAAAAUACUCCUACAAACAAGAAGAAGCAAAAGUCAAGAAACAAAUCAUUUGGGGGAUUCAGAUUACCAGAUGCUGAAUCUGUAGUUUUGUCAGCCAAACGUAAUCCACGCAGAAAAACAUUGAUGCCAAAAAGUCCGGAAGAGUGGAUUGAAGUUCUAAGUAACAGCCCAAUGGUGGAAAUGACGAGGAGAAAACACAGAUUUGGAAACACAUCUCUGCCAACUCUAAACUUUGAUGAUGUUGACUUAGAUGAAUCAGUCGUUUCUAUGGAAACUGAAAAUGCAGAAGUGAAAGUUUCAGAUGAACAAGCAAUUAGUACACAUUCUGUUUCUAUGGGGGAGAAUGAAGUUUUUUCUAUGGAUAUAUUGAAUGAAUCUAACAAAGAAAAUGAUCCUCAUCCAGAUGUUUUGGCUAAAACAAAUGAGCAGACAGUUGUCCAAGUUGGUGAAGUAAGCAGCACACAGGAUGGGCCACUAAGUGAAGAUAGUAGCAGUGACUCGGAGCAAGAUGUCUCAUAUUUUCGCAAGCUAUUAUGUACAGAGACUAAUAGAUUGAAUGGACUUAGUGAUCAUUGGAAUAUUAUAAAUGAAGAUCCAGAUCUUACUGAAGAUAUUCAUGGUCAGAUUCGAACAACAGUUGGUCAGGCCAUGUUAUUGAUGGAUCAGAGAUUUAAACAGUUCUCUGGUCUAAUAGACAACUGUGAGUUUAAACUCGGAGAGAAAGAAACCACAUGUAUGGACCUUAAGGGAUUCUGGGAAAUGAUCUAUUACCAGGUUGAGGAUGUGGAUAACAAAUUUGCAGACCUUAAAAAACUGAAGGAGAAUAACUGGGUAGAUGAUAAACCUAAAGCAGUUGUGAAGAAAGUCAAGAAAAAGGUUUCAAAACCUAUUGUUAGUAAGCCAGCAGUGAAGUCAAAGUUUGCAGCCUUCCGUGCUCAGAUGUUAAAAAAGAGUGUUAGCUCUCCAGUUGCUUCAAAGACAGAAGAAGAAAAAGUGUUUGAAGUGCCAGGGUUCUUUAAAGUAGCUUCCCCUGUUAGGUCACCAGCAUUUCAUUGUGAAGGUGGUACCCCAAAGAAAAGUACACCUGCAGUCAAUAGUGCAGAGGGGAAGACAUCUAAAGAUACUCUUGCUGCACCAAGCAGUGUUGACAUAUUUACAAAUAGAACUCCCUCUAGAAAGAGUUAUGUUCCUGCAGUACCUAGUCCACUGUUAAAGGACACCACUCCACUGCCAAGGCCUAUGAGGACUUGUACUCAGAAGACACCUAUUCCUAAACGUUUAAUAGAUGAAGUAGACAAUGAACAUCAGUUGGUCCCAGAGAGUGACAAUAAGCGUGUCAAAAGAACACCUGCUAGAAGAAGCCUCCGUACAAGAAAGUCUGUAAACUUUGCUGACGAGGUGAAUGUAGGUCUAGUGUCUUCACCGUCAGGAGAAGGCUCCGAUGAUGAUUUUGCUCGUCUCUUACAACCAUUGUCAGAUAAACCGGUGAAUGAUCAAGA